AUGGAUGUAGUUUAUUCUAUAAAAAAAUAUCGAUUAAAAUUAAUUAAUAAUAAAAUAGUACCAUUUUAUCAAAAAGAUAUUCAAAUUCUUGAUAGCAAACUUUAUCGAAAUAGUUUUCGAACAGGACCAGGACUUUUGUCCAUUACUGUAUCAAUUAUUCAUGGAUCACCAAGAACUGAAGCAUUAAAACAUGAUGGAAAAAUUCUUUGUUGUGCUCCAUCAAAUAUAGCAGUUGAUAAUCUUAUUGAACGUCUUGGAAGAAAAAAAGAAUUUAAAUUAAUUCGUCUUGGUCAUCCAGCACGUUUACUUGAAUCAAUACAAUGUUUUUCACUAGAAUCAAUUGUUAUGGAAAAUUAUCAAGAUGUUAAAAAUACUUUAAGAAAAGAUUUAAAUCAAUGUUUUAUAAUUGUUAUUGAUGAAUGUUCACAAGUACUUGAAGUUGCCUGUUGGCUUGAUUUACUUCGAGUAACAAAAUGUGUUUUAGCUGGUGAUCAUUGA